UAUUUUUUUUGUAAUAGUUUGAAAUAGUAAAUUAUGCUCAUCACUGGCAAUGGAACAGUUUUUACUUUGACAUAAAAUUUCAAGUCGACAAUUUUGCAAAAACAUCGUUUGCUGUGUAAAAUCUUCUAAAAAUGUCUUCAAAGACCGAGAAUAAUCACAAAAUCCUCCCAGAAAAGAUUCCCCUUGAAACUGAUCAGGGUAUCAAGGAGAGUGAAGAAAGAAAAUGGGGUUUACCUUUAAAAGAUGUAUAUAAACAUGCAGUAUCCUUUUACAAAGAAAAAGAAGGAAAAGCAAUUCAUUUGAGCUAUGAAGACCGACUGAAACUUGUUGCCUACACACAGCAGACAGCCCAUGGGCCUUUGGACGUGAAUUCGGCGCCGCCUCUGGGUGUCCUCGAUGUGAUUGGGCGGGACCGCAGGGCGGCGUGGCAGGCCCUGGGGCAGAUGUCACAAAUACAGGCUAUGGCUGGGUUUAUUCACACUCUAGACAGAUUGUGCCCAUUGUUCAAACCUUUCUUGGAGGCUAUUCAAAAGGACCAUGAAGAUAAAAAACAGCAGGAGUUGAAAAGGCAAGAGGAGGAAAGAGCCCAUACGGAAUUACAAAAUAGAAUCAUGUUAGAGAAACAGAAACAACAGAGCGCUAAACUCACAGAAGAGCAGCAAGUGCAAAGAAUAAAAGAUGCGCUAAACGCACAAACAUACAACCAGUUUCUUCAGUAUGCUCAGCAGCAGUUCCCCGGCAACUUUGACCAGCAGGCGAUCCUUAUUCGGCAGCUGCAAGACCAACACUACCAGCAGUACAUCCAACAGUUGGCCAUAGACCAAAGACUGGCCAAUGCUAACAUUCAAGACGAUAGUCAGUGUGAGGAGGAGAAUACUAAUAAGAAAGAGGAACCAGUCAAAGAUUGUAACUUAAAUGAAAUGGAAGCAGUUGAUGCUAUGGAGAAUAAUAAAUCAAUGCAGACUUCAGAUAAGACUGAAACUCCAGAAUACACUGAAGAAUCGCGAGGGGAAGAGGAAUCAGAUGGGGAAGACGUUUUCCCAGCUGUGGAUGAGGGUCGGAUGUGGACGCGCGGGGACAUCGCGCAGUUCAAGGAGUCUGCUCGCGCCAGCGGCGGCAAAUUGACCGUCGGCCACGGAGAGACUGUGACCGUCCGGGUGCCCACACACCCCCGGGCUAGGUGCAUUUGCUGGGAGUUUGCUACGGACAACUAUGACAUAGGCUUCGGCCUGUACUUCGAGUGGAGCAAGUCGCCGACCACGGAGGUCACAAUCCACGUGGCGGAAAGCGACGAAGAAGACGACGUCGAUGACGACGGCUACGGCGACACUGAUGACGUGACAGAGUUCACAAUCCACGGCACGACCGACCCGGAGGCGGGCGGCGAGCGGCGUGCGCUGAGCAGCGCGCGCCCGCCCGUCAGCCUCGUCGUGCCCAUCUACCGCCGCGACUGCCACACCGAAGUGUACGCCGGGUCCCAUACGUAUCCAGGUGAAGGCGUAUAUUUAUUGAAAUUCGAUAACACUUACAGUCUUUGGCGAUCUAAAACCUUGUACUAUAAAGUAUACUACACACAGUAAAUCUUGUGUGUUUAUCAAAACGAAUUUAAUUGUUUUACCAUGACACGAAAAAUGAAUGGAGUUAUGUUUUUGGUCACAUUACUUACAUAUUUUAUGAUGGAAAAUUUUCUUUUUUCAUGAAUGUGGAAAAUACUGAAGGUAGCUUAAGGUACACAAUUAUGGUAUUUUGUGUUAGGUAUUAUCUUGUAUGGGUGCGAUUAGUGACACCCUGUAUAUUAUAUUUAUUUUGUUUUUAUCAGUACCUACAGACUACUGACAGGCAUACCUCUGCAUUAUCUGUAUGGGACUAUGACACAUUAUUAUCCUGUUAAUUAAGGAUUUUGUGUAUUGUAGAGAAAGAGAAAGAUAAUGCUUUUUAAGUAAAAAUGUAUAUCUUUCGCGUUUCCUCAAAAAUGCCAAACUUAUUUAUAUUGGAUUUUAGUUAUGUUGGUGGGAUCCCUAUUGAUUGAGAGUAAAUUAUUCUAGAGCUAUUAAAUUAUUUUUAUUAAACAUAAAAGUUUUUAAGUCUGUUAUAUCGUAUACAUUGACUAUCUAUUGUUCAUUCGUUCAAAUAAUAAAUCUUUAAUUAACGUUUAUAUUUUGGUUUCGGUUUUCGUAUCAAUUUUGCAUUGUGCCAUUCAAACUAGUAGUAGGAUUUUGGAUUUGAUUUCUUACGUAAUAGUUGUCAUGAAUGUUAAAUAUAACUGUUUCAAUGUAAGUGUAAUUUAUGUAUGUCUCCACUUAUCAUGUGUAUGAAAUGUCAAAUAUUGAUUUAUUUAGGUAUAUUAUAAAAAAAAUAACAAUUGGAAAACCAUUUUACAAUGAUUAAUAAACUUUCAAAUUAACGCUAACACUUUAGUAUUAUUUGCUGCAUUUACAUAAACCUAAUAUUACGUAUUAUUUCACAGAUGUCCUUUAGCGAUUAAAGUAAAAUUAAUUAGUUUAAAGAAAUUUAUUUAACGCUUUUUGUGCACCACUGUCCAUGUCAUCCUUCUUUUAUCCGGUUUCUACAGGACUAUCUUAAAAUAGGGACUAAAAUAAAAUGUAAUAUCGUCGUUCAAUAAAUGUAUUUUGUAUUAAUGUUAUAGUAUAAUUAAAAAUAUAUUAAUAGGACAAGGUUUUAUAUUAUUGACUUGGGGGCGGAAACUUGGAAUUUUGUAAUGAAGUAAGGAGAUGGAAAUGGAUGAUAACAGACAGGCACGUAAUAUGAAAUGAUAGCAAGUAUCUAGUGUUGGAUCUGUCAUAGUAUUUACUAGUUAAUAGUGGUGAUUACCACCGUAGUAUCAACAGUCUUAAAAAUAAAAUAAUUUUGGUAUAAAAUAUGAUUACUUUUGGAUAAAGAUGGGAAACUGCCAUAGAUUAUUAACAACUGUUUUUUUUUACUAAAGUUAUUUAAAGAUUGACCUAUGACAGAUUUCCAACCCAUAGUAAAGUAACUUAUUUGUCUAUUAUUGUUAUUUUAUGUGAUAUGUUUAACUUAGAAUGAUACAUAUUAUUAUUAUAUUUAUUUAUAGUUAUUAAAUAGGCCGUAAAAACAAUGUUAAUAAUAUGCUAACCAUUUUACAUCUCAGUGUCUGUAAUAUUAUGAUUGUUUCUUUUGAUAGACCACACACCUUUAUGAUUGUAGUCAGAAAAAUUGUUAUUUAUUAUUCCUAUAGUCUACUCCGAAAAUCACUGCGUAUACCGGGUUAGAGUCUGUUAUGACUAUUGAUGUGCCGUUCCCGAGAACGCUCUCUCAGCUGAGAAUAUUCUCGGGAGCGUUCCCGGGAGCGUUCUCCUAAGUGAGAAAGGUUGAGAAUCAUGUUUAUCUAAUGGAAAUAAACAAACUUUCUUAAGUAAAAUAGUAUUAAAUUAAGUCAACAGAUAAGUGUAUAUUAAACAAUACACUCCAUUUGCAGUGAAAGGCUAUAUUCUCAGUGUUCCCGAGAAUAUUCUCGGGAACUUUCUCGGCAAUAUUCUUGGCAACUGCACCUUUAUUAUAAUUUAUUUUUUUCGUCGUGAAAUGUCGUUUUAAUGAUAUGUAAGAUGACAGAAAUUUCUUUUUACACGUAAUUAAAUAAUGUAACUGUCCAUUUUUUCGUUUUUAACACGCUCUUAUUAGGUCGUCGUGUAUGUAACUAACUAUGUAAUGGAAUCUCAGAAUCGGAAUUACACGCACUUUUAAGUCUUGUAUCAUCAUGAAACUUGGCAAUUAUAUGCAGAUUAGAAAUGGCAAUACAAUAUUGUGGUACCAGCUGGUCUGAUGAUGGGACUGGAAGGUGGCCAAAAGAACUCCUAAACGAAACGGCGGAAUCACAUCGAGUUUGGGUUCAUUGGAUGUCUUUUCGAGAUCUUUAAGUGCUAGAUAAUGUCCAGGGUCCUAAUGAUGGAGUCAGGAGGUAGCCAUAGGAACUCCUAAACGAAACGGCGGAAACUCAUCGAGUUUGGGUUCGUUGGAUUUGUCUUUUCGAGCACUUUAAUGUUAGAUGAUGUCCAGGGUUCUGAUGAUUUUUGGCUUUUUAGUGCUGUUAGUAAUUAAAAGCGUGUUUUUAGUUUUUUUAAACUAUUCUUAUUUGACAUUAAAGGCAUAUUUCACAAUCGCUUAGUAAGGGCCUGUUUCGCCACUUCUGGAUAAGUUGUGGAUAGCCUGUCUGACGGAUCAUUUGACACAUUUUUAUAGAAAAUAUGUGCUAGCUAGAUUGAUCCGACACUUAGAAGAAUAGUAAUACUCCUCUUCAAAAAAGGUGACAAAACCUUGUUGAAGAAUUAUAGACCCAUUUCGCUUCUGAGCCAUGUCUACAAGCUGAUUUCGAUAGUCAUUACGAAUUGUCACGCUAGCAGGCUCGACGACUUUCAGCCCCCUGAACAAGCCGGUUUCCGAAAAGGCUUUUGUACCAUAUACCAUAAUAAUAUACGCAACGGCAGAUUAUACGGAAGAUCAAGGACUUUGCACUUUGCAUUUGUGAACUAUGAGAAAGCCUUCGAUUCGUUUGAAACAUGGGCAGUGCUUUAGUCUCUUCAACUGUGCCAAAUUAACUAUUGAUACAUUAAAGUGUUGAAAGGCUUGUACAAACACGCCACAGUGACAGUCCGUUUUAAGAUCAGGACCCGAAACCUAUCCAGUUGCAGCGAGGGGUGAGACAGGGAGACGUCAUCACCACCGCCCUGGAAGAUGUUUUCAAGCUUCUGGGCUGGAGCGGAUUCUGCAUAAAUAUCAACGGCGAGUAGGUACAUCACCCAGACAGCAGACGAUAUCGUAGUCAUGGCUGAGAUCGUGGAAGAUCUAGGCACAAUGCUCGAUGGCCUCAAUAGAGUCUCUCAACAAGUGGGUCUCAAAAUGAACAUGGACAAGAUUUAAAAAUGAUGUCUAAAGGCCGUGUUGCACCCACUCCUCUAAAAGUUGGAGACUCUACACUCGAGGUUGUUGACAAUAUACCUGGGACAAACAGUCCAGUUAGGUAGGUCCAACUUCGAAAAAAGGUCAAUCAUCGAAUCCAGCUCGGCUGGGCAGCCUUUGAGAAGCUUUACGAUAUUUUCACGCGGCUUCUCCGUCGCGUCGCCAUUCCGCUUUCAAUCCACUUUGAAUCCGCUUGCAAUCCGCAAGGGUGGCAAGGGCCUUAAAACUCAGAGGCACACUGAUGUUCAAAUACCGUAGCCGAGUCCUAAAGCCGCGGUACGCGUUCGCCACGAAAAGAGUGAGCAAGACAGCAAUAUCUCACUCACAAGUUUCAUUCCUUGUUUAUAACGACUAGUCUUAACGCCCAGUUAAUAAAACAUCGAAACAUUACAAAUAAUAUCACAUAUAAAAGACAAAAUUAAAAUUAAAACUAAAUAUAUUCUGUCGAGAACACUGAGAAUAUUCCCAGGAGCGUUCUCGGUUCUCGAGAAUAUUCUCACUGGGAAUAUUGCCGGGAACGAGAACUUUCUCAGCGGCACAUCUCUAGUUAUGACCAUAGUUAUGACGUAUAACACUUUUCUGAACAGUGAACUGUUAUAGCAGUCAUAACAAUUAAACUUCUAUUGUGUCUGGGUUACUGUCCGGUAAAGUGUUAAAAGACGUCAGAGUAAAAGGCUAUCAGUAAGUAAGGGACAUGUUUGAAUGUACAUUUUAGUAGCGAUUAUAUUUAAUUGAUGUUUACACUACGGUUUAUCUUUUGCGGAGUAGACCAUCAUUUAUUUUUUAAACUGAUUGUAAAACUAAUUUAUGUGUUAUUUUGUAAAAUAAGUCAAUACAUUUUAGUCACAGAAUAAAAUAAUAUUAAAAGAAUAUUAAUACUUUUUUAUUCCCUUUGUCUGUCAUGAGUUUCCCUAGCCUACACCCUACACAGGUGUCCCUGUAGGUAUCAAUAAAAAGGAUUGAUUUUACAGCUCAAAUCAACUUUCCCCAAGAGUAAGAAAGUUUAAAUCAUCCAAAAAACAAAAUCUUUUCAUACAAAUUGUCUUCUAAUAGAAUCAAUUGUUUUUGUUUGAACCAUAGUCCAUUAGUGCUGUGCUUACAGGGACACCCUGUAUAAGUUUGAUAGCAACUGCCGUCACUGAGCAACCACUUCGUUAUGAAGAGUAUCGUAUUUGCGAUCACCUGUUGGCUCCACUCACUGGCGAGUGACAGGCAAGACCUCUACAGUUUCUCCUACUGAUGAGGGAAAAUAAGAUAAGUAUAGCCUGACCAGGAACAUAAAAACCCUGGCAUAGAGGCGCGUCAAUUGCAUUUGAUAGUGCAACACUGAGUACAGUCGUACCUGUGUUAAAUUAAUAGGCUAACUUUAUGUAUCAGGAUUCAGGAUUACGGGCUAAUUUGAUAUUUUCAUAAAUUAACGAAAAAAUAUUAUUAAAGGUAACCUGGUUUAAAUAAAUUAAAUGAAACCAUCAAUCGAGUUAGUAGGAUUUAUUUUAUUAUUCAUCAAUAAUCAAAUUCAGAACUUGAAUAUUCAACUGCAAUGUCUGCUCAUGAACGCUUCAAACUCGGUACUUCUUUCCCAAUUCCAUAAAAUUCAAUACUUAGAAAGUGACAAAAAACUUUAAAAUAGGUAGUUGAAACAAACCACAGCUAAUUUUCAUAGUGGACUGUACUAUACGAUAAACAUGUCAGUCAAUUUGACAACCUUUGUCGAAAACAUUAAUCAAUGAAAAUAUUGUCCGAACCUUUAGUAUUUCUCUUCGACAAAUACUUUAACACAUUGUGAUCCACUUUUCUUUCACGACUAUAAAAAGAUUUUAGCAAUUUAAUUCACAAAAUCAAUUGCGCACAUUUAAAAUAAAGUUUGUUUACACUUUGACAGCAAUAGACUGACAUGCAAGGUGACAUGUCAAUGAAGUUUUCAGUUACUGUUGCCAUUAAAAGAAAUUAGUACCAUUAGUUUUCCGCAACAUGGCGAGGGUUUUUAUGUUCCUGUAGGCCUAAGAUGCGCGCAUCGACAAUGACAUGAUAUGAUAAGACAAUUUUCGAUCACGUAGAUAAUUUUAUCAUUUUCCCUAACAUGAGACCAUCGAUAGAAAAGUCUAUCGACCGCUAUCGCGUGUUUUAUUAUUUUUAUAAAUCCUUCCUGGCCUGGAAAUUUGUACCAUUGGCCGAAUACUUGUAAGUUGUCAAUAUAUUCUUUCAUGUCGUUAAAAUAAAAUGUUUGCUUCCAGUUUGCUUCUUCUUUACACAGUUUUGAACUUUAAACUUGUCCUUUUUAUAAAUGUCCAACUGUAGUGAUUACAUAUUUAUAUAAAUAUUCAUAAGUAAUAGGUUUUGAUAAUAUUUCCUGGAUGUGGCGGGGUAUUACAUUAACAUCUGUAUCUGCUUCUGAUAAGUGAUUCAAAUCGGCUACUAGUGUAAGUCUUUCAAGGCCAAAUCUUGGGCAUUUCAUAAUCAGAUGUUCCAGGUCGGCAUCAGCCUCAUCACAAAAAUUGCAUGAACUGCUAUUCACUAUUUUCAUUCGCUGUAGAUGGGAGGGAGAUCUGAGGUGUCCAAAUCGCAGACGAUUAAUUGUUGUUACAAAUCUACGGCUUAUAUACUCUUUGUAAUAAUACCAGGGUUUCGUUGGUAUUUCCUUUUGUAUCCCAGCAUACCAUCUGCCUUUGGUUUCUGAGCAUAUUUUCCAAUAAUUUUUCCAUAUCUCUUUACAGUUUUCUGUCAUAAUGGUGUGAAAGUCCGUGAAGGGGACCUUAAAAUGCUCCGAGUGGUCUUCAUGAGGUUCAGAGUUGGCAACUUGAUCCACAAUUUCGUUCCCUGGUAUGCCUCGAUGAGACGGAAUCCACUUGAGUGAAAUUGGUUUUUUAAUUUCAUUAAUAAUGUUUCUUAUAUUAUAAAUUAAAUAAUUUGUUUUAAA